AAAGGAGAUGGGUUUGCAUACAACUGUGGUGCAUUUUGACGUUGGGGAUGAUAGAAUUGAACGAGUUGUCUUUUUACUGGCUGAAGACAGGGUCUCUCAGUCUCUAGCUUCCAGCAAUCCAUAUAGAAGAGCUCCAAGAAGAAGAAACCAAUUUGCUGUUGAUGAGUAUGUGGUUUCUUCCCGUCCUGCUAGGAGAGCUGCUCAAGGAUAUUAUAAGAAUAGGCUUCCCAAAUAUCCAAUCCCAAAAGAUGUUAGAGAGUUAAUUGAGAAUAAGCAAGUCCCUGAUGUUCUUACAGAAGAUUUAGUAAGAAAGAAUUAUGCUUCCUUCUUCAGCACAUUGCUUAUAAUGGAAGAGCUACAUUUAGAGGAAGAAAUGAAGGCUUAUAACAUGGAAUGUGUCUCUAUGAGGAGAAAAGGGGCACAAUUCGUGGCACUUGAGGUCCCAGGGCUAGCUGAAAGGAGACCUUCACUUGUACAUGGUGAUUUUGUUUUUGCAAAGCUUGCCUCCAAUGAUCCUGGGAAUGUUUCUGUUUAUCAGGGUUACAUCUACCGUGUGGACGCUGAUGAAGUGCUUUUGAGAUUCGCCAAAGACUUCCACAGCCACCAUUCAAAUGGGAACUUGUACAAUGUCCAAUUCACAUACAAUCGUAUGAACAUGAGGAGGUUGUAUCAAGCUGUUGAAGCAGCUGAGAAUCUAGAGGAUGAUCUUCUCUUUCCAUCACAUUCAACAAAAAGGAAAUUAAUUAAGACCAAGCCAUUCGUGCCUCUUACAUGUAGUCUGAAUGAGGAGCAAAUGCAUUCUGUUGAGAUGAUUCUUGGUUGCAAAGGAGCUCCUCCCUAUGUAAUUUAUGGGCCUCCUGGCACUGGCAAAACAAUGACUUUGGUGGAAGCAAUCUUACAGAUAUAUAAAACAAGAAAUUAUGGUCGAAUUCUUGUGUGUGCUGCUUCAAACAGUGCAGCAGAUCACAUACUGGAGAGACUUGUUUGUAAUGAGGCUGUUGAAGUUAAAGAGAGUGAAAUAUUUAGGCUAAAUGCAACUAGCCGUUCCUAUGAGGAUGUUUCACCUGAUUUCAUCCGCUUCUGCUAUUUUGGGGAGUCCAUUUUCAGUUGUCCCCCACUGAAAGCCCUGAAGCGAUACAGAAUCAUCAUAUCAACAUAUAUGAGUUCCUCUCUACUCCACUCAGAAGGACUUGAACGUGGUCAUUUCUCACACAUUUUCCUUGAUGAAGCUGGCCAAGCUUCAGAACCAGAAACCAUGGUUCCUAUAUCCAACCUGUGUCAACAGGACACAGUAGUUGUACUUGCUGGAGAUCCAAUGCAACUUGGUCCUGUGGUAUAUUCAAGAGAUGCAGAGAAUUCUGGAUUGGGAAAAUCAUACCUUCAAAGGCUGUUUGAAAGUGAAUUCUAUGAGAGCGAAGAUGAAGCUUUUGUAACAAAAUUAGUGAGAAAUUACCGCUGUCACCCAGCAAUUCUAGACCUUCCUUCGAGGCUUUUUUAUGGAGGGGACUUGAUUGCAUGUAAAGAAGAUAACUCUUUCUCCAUACUUUCAAAGGUAGAUUUCUUCCCAAACAAACAGUUUCCUGUUCUGUUUGUUGGCAUUCAAGGCUGUGAUGAAAGGGAAGGAAAUAAUCCAUCAUGGUUUAACCGAUUUGAGGCAAGCAAGGUUGUUGAUAUCAUCAAUAAAUUGAGAUCGAGUGCUGAUCUAAAUGAGGCAGAUAUUGGUGUAAUAACACCUUACCGCCAGCAGGUGCUCAAGAUAAAGAAAGUUCUUGAAACCUGGGACUCGCCAGAUGUCAAAGUUGGCAGUGUCGAACAAUUUCAGGGACAAGAGAGGGAGGUCAUUAUUGUAUCUACAGUGAGAUCAACUGUCAAACACAAGGAGUUUGAUAGAACUUACUGUCUCGGAUUCCUCAGCAAUCCAAAGAGAUUCAACGUUGCAAUUACUCGGGCCAGAUCCUUGCUCAUAGUUGUUGGAAAUCCUCACAUUGUCAGUAAGGAUCCUUACUGGGAGAAGCUGUUGUGGCGUUGUUCUGACAAUAACUCCUAUCAAGGUUGCCCACUUCCUGAAAGACAGUAUAAUGCAGCUGAACCCAGAGCUGAGGUAAAUAGUGGACCUGAGGAUUCGUACUGCUCCAAUGCAGGGAAUUGGGAUCAUUCUUCCUCUCAAGAAAACCCUGUCGCUGAUGAAGCUGAAUGGUCAGAUGGAUGGCAGUCCUGAUAAUAUAAUAUUUCCAUUAACAAUAGAAACCUUUAAAUCUGGUAUGCAGAGAUAAAAUUAAAAUCUAACACCAUGGAAUUUUCUUUGUAGUUUCAUAAAUUUUCCGACAUUAGAAAUUGUCUAGGAAACUGUUGGUUUAUAGAUUAUGGGUUAUUAACGGACUGGAUAUCCGUCUUAGCUCGAGAAAUGCCAUCUCUGUUUUCAAUCUGGUAAGAAUUAUAAAGUUAUGGGUAUAUA